AGUACUAGUGUUCUACGUCACAGUACAUAGCGGAGUCUGCCGCGACCAUGUUGUGGCUCGUCCUCUUAGUCAUAACCCUCGGGUUUGCCUACAGAUGGUACAAGAUCCGUCGCAUCCUACAAGUGGCCAGCCAAAUAAAAUGUGACAUCAAGGCGUAUCCGUUAUUAGGGCAUGCGUAUUUGUUCAUUGGAGACGGCGAGAGUCGCAUGCGAACAUUCGAGAGGCUGGGUCGGGAGGCUAUUAAAAAUGGCGGACUCACUAAUAUGUGGUUGGGAGACAAUUAUUUUACUGUUGUGGUCGAUCCAGUGGACUUGGAAGUGAUCCUUAAGUCUUCUUUGGAAAAAGAUGACGUCAUGCGAUUCCCGAGAAACCUUGUCGGCGGUGGGACUAUAUUAGCACCAGUGUCCCUCUGGCGUCUACGGCGCAAGGUCCUGGCUCCGACGUUCAGCCCGAAGAACCUGAACAACUUCGUGAGAAUAUUCUCCCGGCAGAGCUCAGUAUUGGCUGAACAACUGCAGACGGAGGCAGACAGCGGCCCCUUCUCCGUGUGGAAGUAUCUCACCAGCUACACCAUGGAUUCUGUGUGUGAAACUGCUCUCGGUGUGAAUGUAAAUGCCCAGAAGACGGAGGACGAGCCGUUUCUCAAGGCGUUCGAGAAGUGUUGCAUAUUGAUAGCAGAACGCAUGGUACAACCCUGGCUGCACCCUGACGCAGUGUAUAAGCUGCUGCCGUACCAUGAGGCGUUUGAGAGUUCCAAGAAGGUCAUCUAUGAUUUUAUUGAGAAGAUAGUUAAGUCACAACGGAUUACAAUAAAGGAAAACAAAGAUGGCGUGAAUAAAAACUCCAGCGACAUUGAGACUUUUCUAGAGCUUUUAAUAGAGGGGUCUGGAGGUGAUCAAGGGUACUCCGACCUGGAGCUGCAAGAGGAAACGUUGGUGCUGGUUCUGGCUGGUACCGAUACCUCGGCAGUGGGAGCAUCCUUCACUGUGUCUAUGUUGGCACGGUAUCCUGCUGUACAGGAACGAGUUUAUAAAGAGUUGGUGGAAGUGUUCGGCGACUCUGACAGGCCGGUGACGGCAGAAGACUUGCCUCAACUCAAGUACCUCGACGCAGUCGUCAGGGAGUCACUGCGCCUGUACCCGCCAGUGCCGGUCGUUGCUAGAAAGAUUGUGAAGGAUCUAGAACUUCCAUCAGGAAUCACGUUGGUGCAAGGUUGUGGUGUACUGGUGCAUAUCUGGGGCACGCAGCGCAACCCUCGCUACUGGGGAGAGGACGCGGAGCAGUUCCGACCUGAACGGUUCCUUGACGCGCCACUCCAGCAUCCCGCUGCGUUCAUGGCUUUUAGCCAUGGACCGAGAAACUGUUUGGGAUAUCAGUACGCAAUGAUGUCAAUUAAGACUGCACUAGCGACUCUGAUCCGAAAGUAUCGGGUGUCCAUUCCCGGCGCGUCUAUGAACGGAUCUAGAAAAGAACAGAAGCCCAUCAGGAUAACUUUUGACGUCAUGAUGAAGGAUGCUGACAAAUUUACAGUGCAACUGGAAAGUAGAGGAAAGAAAGAAGGAUAGUUUCUACAGAGGUGUUUAUUGUUACGUCAAAGUGUCGGAUGAUUAGCGCCAAACAAUGGCUAAUGUUACUUUAUUAUUACUGCUUAACAUAGGAAAAUAGUUAAUUUAUUAUAUUUAUUCUUGAUUGCAAAUCAUUUGCUACAUCUCAGUAUCUAAACUUACGGGUUAAUUUGAAAAGGUUGUCUAGUUAA